GCUAAUUUUGGUAAAAGUUUCAUACAUUACAGAUCUCUAACUGAAAAUAGGAAAAGAUAUACCCCCAAGGCCCAAAGAAUACAAAUGGAAAAGUGUCUUGAAUACAUACCAUGGAGCAGUUUUAACUGGUUUGGAAGAGUAAUAUUGAUUUUCUUUGGUACAGCUGGCAUCUUUGUUUCUAGUAUUUCACUAAUUUUAUAUUUUGAUAGUUCAUUUAAUUGUCAUAAUGAGAUCAUAUCAAAGACGAAAGAAAGCUCUUUUUUAAAGAGCAUUGAAUCAAGAUGUUUCAGACAAUACAAAGAUGGUUUAACUUUUAAGUAUGUUGUUUUUCUUAUGGUAGUUUUAAAUUUUGGCAUUGUCUUAUUUUGGAGUAUCGUCUAUGGAUAUUAUGUAAAGCGUCGAGUUGAACAUAAUGAUAAUGACAGUCCAAAAGAAAACAGUAACGAGCAAAGUGAGCCUCUACUUGGGGAAUAUAGCGAAGGAACUCAUCAAUCUGACAACGUUGCAUUUAAUUUUUCUUUAUUUUACAUAUACAUCGUUCAUUUGAUGAUUCGCCUCAUCAUAUUGUCUGUCUUCAUUGGAUUACUUUUCUAUGCCAAGUUUCCAAUCAAAUACUCUUGUAAAAGACGUCCAACUAUGAAAGAAAUUUCCUUGUUACAUCAAACCAUUUCUACCAUUGAUUGUGAAAAUCCCAAUGCUGAUAAAAGUGAAAUCGUCAUUAAUGCUGUUUUAUCUGUCGAUUUCUUUGUAAUAACACUAACAAUUUCAGAGCUGUGUUACUUGACGUAUAAGGCUUUGACUGAUAAGUAUUUUAAAAAAGAGGAUGAAUUUUUUACAGUUUACUUGAAUUUUGUACUGCUUCAAAAACCUAAAAAAUGGUUGGAGGAAAAUAUAAACGAUCUUUACUCAAACAGUGUGUUUGUAAUACACGACAACUUUGGUGAUGAGUUCAAAGAGUGGCGAAAUCUUGAUAAUAUUUAUGUCAACGUCAUACUACAAGCAGAGAGACAGGUAAAGAAUGCUUACCCAGAAACUUUUAAUCGGCAUGAAAUCUUUCAUUCUUACCUCGAAAUGAGGAAUGAUGCAAAAAAACUAACAAGAGUAACUGAGAUUUUUAAGCCAAUCCUCGGUGAGCAGAGCACGUCGUAUCCAAGCUCUAUUUUAGUCAUUGGAAGGCCGGGUAUUGGUAAAACUAUGCUGACUAAAAAACUUAUAUACGAAUGGAAAAAUAAUCGAGACGAAUUUUGGCAAGAUAAACUUGUUAUUUUAGUGAAAUGUCGUGAUCUUGAAACUCGCGACAAUACUCUCGAAGAAAUGUUAAAGCGGUGUGAUGGACUAAAAGAUAAACAUUAUUCUCAAGUUUACGAAUUCAUGAUCACUUAUCCAAAACAAACUGUCAUUAUAAUCGACGGACUCGAUGAAUUAUUUUUAAAUCGUUCAGAGCUCCAUAAAACAAAGAACCCUGUAUUUAAACUAAUAAAAAAGUUAGUUGAAGGUGAAACGCUGUCUGAUGCCAUUGUUCUAGUAACAUCACGACCCACAGCUGAAGAUGCAUAUGGAUGUUUAAAGUUUGACAGGACUGUGGAAAUCUUGGGCUUUUUCGAAGAUCAGAUUAAAGAAUAUGUUGACAAGUUUUGCAAUAAAGACGAGAAUACAGCCAAAAGUAUUUAUGAGCACAUUGAUUCUUCUCUUGAACUUAAAAGUUUGUGUUAUAUUCCUGUGAAUAGCUACAUUGUUUGUCUGACCCUAAAAGAGUGCUUGACAUGUAAGGCUGAAGAUAUUCCAAAGACCAUCACUGAGUUAUAUAACAGAGCAAUCAAAGUCUUGCUAUGGAAGCAUCAUCCACUUUGCACGUCAGGUGAAAUACCAAGAGAAAAUGAUUAUCUUAUAAUUCCUUUGCCGCCGAAGCUUAAGAAAGAUAUAGACAAAAUAAAAGAUAUUGCAGUUCGUGGAAUUAAAGAAGGAAAUUUGAUUUUUGAAAAAAGAAGUAAUAGUGCUUUUCAUGAGGUAGCAAAUUGUGGUAUAUUUCACCGUAUACCAGAUGCAUCACGCUUACAGUACUGUUUCCUACAUUUGACCAUUCAAGAGUUUCUUGCUGCGCAAUGUAUUGUAGACGAAUGGAGCAAAAUUCCACAAUUUUUGGAUAAUAAUGCGUCUGAUCCUAAAUGGCAUUUGGUGAUACAGUUUGUUGCUGGUUUAAUUGGAGACAUGAAGAAAUCUGGCAGCAUAAGAGAUACUAAAACAAUAGAAGAUGUUGAAGAACGACUUAAAAACUGGAUUUCAAACAUAUUUUCACACACUGGAGAUAAAGUUCUUGGUUUUCUUGGAGUAAAGUGCCUAUACGAGUUGCAGGACAAAGAUGUCAUAAGGUCAGCUUGCACAGAGUUAAAGAAUUUUUCUCAACAAACGAAAAUUGAUGGAGUUUCUUUUACGCCUGUUGAUUCAAACGCAUUGUUUGAAUUUCUUCCUCAAUGUGAACACAUAAAAGGUCUUUUUUUUCAUGAUUGCAAGUUUCUUGAUAAUCAUAGCUGUCUUCCGAUAAAAAACUAUUUGUUAAAUAAGGGAGCGAAAAAUUUGAUUCGUUUAAGUUUUUAUAUGUGUGCUUUAGGCAAUUAUUUUUCGAAGCAUCUAAGUGAAGCAUUGAAAAGUGAGAAUUGUAAACUUACUAAGUUGGAAAUGUCAGACAGCAAUAUAGAUGAUGAAGGUGCUAAAUAUCUUAGUGAAGGAUUGAAAAGUGAGAAUUGUAGACUUACUGAAUUGCAUAUUGCAGGUAACAAUAUAGGUGAUGAAGGUGCUAGAUGUCUUAGUAAAGCAUUGAAAAGUGAAAAUUGUAAACUAACUAAAUUGUAUAUUGCGGGUAACAAUAUAGGUGAUGAAGGUGCUAGAUGUCUUAGUGAAGCAUUGAAAAGUGCGAAUUGUAAACUUACUAAUUUGUAUCUUAAUAGUAACACUAUAGGUGAUGAAGGUGCUAAAUAUAUUAGUGAAGGAUUGAAAAGUGAGAAUUGUACACUUACUGAAUUGUAUGUUAAUGGUAAAAAUUUAGGUGAUGAAGGUUUCAGAUAUCUUAGUUAAGCAUUGAAAAGGGAGAAGUGUUAACUUAUUGAACAGUACUUUGACUCGGAUUCGAGCUCUAACUCUUAAUGCAUAUCUAUAACCAAUCCACUUCCUGAUUUAAAGUUUAUUAUAUAAACUUUCAUAUGUUUUAUGAAAAAGUAAGUAAAAAAUUUAUACAUCUUGGACUUUCCUUUUAUAUAAACGUUCCUUGAUUUAAAAACAAUUUUGAAAUGUGUCUACUUAGCUAUAUGUUAAUUUAAUGUUUAGAGUAAAAGUAUAGUUUGAUUUGUAAACAUAUUUGUUAAUUUAUUUGUUUUUUUUUAAUAUUGUUCAACUGUUUUGUUAACCUAUACAACAUUUUUUAAUAUUGCUCAACUGUUUUGUUAAUAUAUACAACAUUUAUUGUAAAGAGUAAGAACUGUAACAAACAAUGAUAAACUUUAAUGAUGUUGUCACUACUUGAUUAUCUUGUGAAAUCUAAGUAAUAAUCAUGAACAAACGAAAGUACUCAGUAAAAAGUCCUUUUGAAUCGAAAUAUUUAUAAACGUAUUCGCACUAUUAAUCAUACAAAUCAUUCGAAGAGUAGAAAGUUUAAGACAAAACCUCUUUGAAGGUCAUCAUUGUACUAAAAUGUAGUUUUCAUACAUUUCUAUAUAAGUGUGACUGACAACAAAAAUUCUUCUAAAAAAUUAGUCAUCUUUAAUAUAAGUUUAUUGCAUGUACGUAUUAUAUGAAAAUGAAAAUAUUUAUAGUGUUUUAAUUAUAUAUCAUCAGGUUUUGGUUGGUCAA